AUGAAUGAAUUGGAUGAAUUUGAAGAGUGUAGUCCCUUAUUUCUGUAUUGUGGUGAAUUUUAUCCAGAUAAUUUGUAUGUGGAUGAAUCUUACCUAAAUGAGGAUAAAUCUUAUCUAAAUCAAGACGAAUCAUAUCAAGAUGAAUUGUAUCAAAAGGAUACGUACCAAGAUAAAUCACAUCCUGAUGAAUCAUACCAAGGUGAUUCACAUCAAGACAAAUCUUGUCCAAAUAAAUUGCCAUCACAAGCAACAUAUAAUGAAACCUCUAAAAAUGAUGGAAUGCUGGCCUAUAAUGAUGGAAUGAUGUCAAAUCUUUUAAGACAUCUCAAGAGACAUAAAGGCAAAGUACCUGAACUAAAUAAAUCAAAAAGAAAACAAAAUGAACUUGUAACAUAUUUAAUGACACCACUUGUAGAUGAGCAUACAGAUAUUUUAGAUUGGUGGCACACAAAUGAAAGCUGUUAUUCGAAUCUUGCAAAAUUUGCUAGGGAUUGCCUUGCAAUACCUGCUACGAAUGUCCCAAGCGAGCAAACAUUUAGCAUUAGUAGUAAUAUGUUAACUAGUAAGCAAAAUAGAUUGGAUGAAAAAACUGUAUGA